GGGGAUUGGGAACAUCCACACAAUAAACGGAGAAGGCAACAGGCAUCUUUAUCUCACGUUAGUCUGAAAUGAGGGCAACAUGGGGGCCAAAGAGUCAAGUUUAGGUUUUCUGUCGUAUGAUGAGGCCGUCAAGAGAGUCACUGACGUGGAGCUGAAGCGGCUGAAGGAUGCCUUCAGGAGGACCAGCGGCCUGUCCUGCUACAUGAGCCAGCAGUGCUUCUUCAGGGAGGUGCUGGGGGACGCGGUGCCGGCUAAAGUCGCAGAGGUGAUCUACGCCUCAUUUGGCGGCACAUCAAAGGGGCUGCACUUUAACAACCUCAUCGUGGGCCUCGUGCUACUCACCAGAGGACGAGAUGAAGAGAAGGCCAAAUACAUCUUCAGUCUGUUUGCCAGCGAGUCGGGCAGCUACGCGGUGCGGGAGGACAUGGAGAGCACCCUCCGAACCAUGGACGGGGAGGUCCCGCCCUCCCUCAGGAAGUGCUUCACUGAGGGGGAGAAGGUGAACUAUGAGAAGUUUAAGGUCUGGCUCCUGCAGAACAAAGAGGCCUUCACCUUCUCCCGCUGGCUCCUCACCAGCUCCGUGUGUGUCACCCUGACCGACGACAGUGACACGCCCACCUUCUACCAGACGCUGGCCGGAGUCACUCACCUGGAAGAGUCGGACAUCAUUGACCUGGAGAAACGCUACUGGCUUCUGAAAGCUCAGUCGAGGACUGGCCGUUUUGACUUGGAGACUUUCGUUCCUCUGGUGUCCCCCCCUAUUCACGCGUCACUGAGUGAAGGUUUGUUCCACGCUUUCGAUGAGAAUCGGGACAAUCACAUCGACUUCAAGGAGAUCUCGUGCGGGCUGUCCGCGUGCUGCCGGGGGCCCUUGGCCGAGAGGCAGAAGUUUUGCUUCAAAGUGUUCGACGUGGACCGCGACGGGUUUCUGUCCCGAGCCGAGAUUCGAGAGAUGGUGGUAGCGUUGCGAGAAGUCUGGAAGGACAACCGCACCGAUAAUCUCCCUGAAUUACAGGCUGAUGUGUCUGAAAUCGUAGAAGACAUUGUGAAGGAACACGAUACUACAAAGCUGGGUCACUUAACUCUGGAGGACUACCAGAUCUGGAGUGUGAAGAGUGCUCUGGCCAAUGAGUUCCUCAACCUGCUGUUUCAGGUGUGCCACAUCGUUCUGGGGCUGCGCCCCGCCACGCCCGAGGAGGAGGGGCAGAUCAUCAGGGGUUGGCUGGAGAGAGAGGCUAGAUACGGGCUGCAGCCAGGACACCACUGGUUCCUCAUCUCCAUGCAGUGGUGGCAGCAGUGGAUGGACUACGUCAAAUACGACAACCGGCUGAUCGUGGUGGAGCAGCCUUCCGUGCUGAACGCGGGGAAGGGCUCUGCGUGCGCCUCCGGGGAGCAGGCGCCGGACGCGGGCGGCAUGGCCAGCUCCCACAGCUCUUCCGAGGAGAAGUUCUCCGACAACAUCUCCAGCGCCUCUGAGGCUUCGGAGACCACCGGCGGGAGUCUCAUCCCCUCCAGUUCAGGCACAGACAUCUGCUUCGCGCGUCAGCACACCACCUCAGACAACAACAACCAGUGCUUCCUGGGAGCCAACGGCAACCUGCACCCCCACCUGGCAGCCCAGAGGCCGGGCGCCAUCGACAACCAGCCCCUGGUCACCCCCGAGCCCCUGAAGGCCCCCACACUGACCAUGGAGGGCGGGCGGCUGAAGCGUGCUCAGCUCCUGGCUCCCGGCCGGGACUUUGAGACGGUGCCUGAGCCCGUGUGGAGAGCGCUGUACCACUGGUACGGAGCCAACCUCAGCCUGCCCCGGCCGGUGAUCCGGGAGCUGAAGUCAGAGGUGUCUGAGCUGGAGCUCUUCCCCCGACACCUGCUCUUCCUGCGGCAGCAGCCUGCCUCCCGCACCCCCCAGUCCAACAUCUGGGUCAACAUGGGUAACGUGCCGUCUCCCAGUGCUCCUCUGAAGCGUGUGCUGGCCUACACCGGCUGCUUCAGCAGGAUGGACACCAUCAAGGACAUCCACGACUACCUGUCCCAGCGCCUGCGCAUCAAGGAGGAGGACAUGCGGCUGUGGCUCUACAACAGUGAGAAUUACCUCACGCUGCUAGAUGACGAAGACCACAAGUUGGAAGAUUUGAAGAUUCCUGACGAGCAGCACAUGGUCAUCGAAGUUCGAAACAAGGACAUGAGCUGGCCUGAGGAGAUGUCCUUCAUCGCCAACAGCAGCAAGAUGGACCGACACAAAGUUCCGACUGAAAAGGGAGCCACAGGACUGAGCAAUCUGGGGAACACCUGCUUCAUGAACUCCAGCAUCCAGUGUGUGAGCAACACCAAGCCUCUGACCGAGUACUUCACCUCAGGGAGACACCUGUACGAGCUCAACCGAAUCAAUCCCAUGGGGAUGCGUGGUCACAUGGCCAAGUGCUACGGAGACCUGGUUCAGGAGCUCUGGAGCGGGACGCAGAAGAACGUGGCUCCUCUGAAGCUCAGGUGGACGAUAGCGAAGUACGCCCCGAGGUUCAACGGCUUCCAGCAGCAGGACUCCCAGGAGCUCCUGGCGUUCCUGCUGGACGGCCUUCACGAGGACCUGAACCGCGUCCACGAGAAGCCCUACGUGGAGCUGAAGGACAGCGACGGGCGGCCCGACUGGGAGGUGGCCUCAGAGGCCUGGGAGAACCACCUGAGGAGGAACCGCUCCAUCGUGGUGGACCUGUUCCACGGGCAGCUCCGGUCCCAGGUCAAGUGCAAGACCUGCGGUCACGUCAGUGCGCGCUUCGACCCCUUCAACUUCCUGUCCCUUCCCCUGCCCAUGGACAGCUCCAUGCACCUAGAGAUCAUAGUGAUUAAGCUGGACGGCUCCACGCCGGUGCGGUACGGCCUUCGCCUCAACAUGGACGAGAAGUACACGGCCCUGAAGAAACAGCUGAGCGAGCUGUGCGGCCUCAAGCCCGAGCAGAUUCUCCUGGCCGAGGUGCACGCCUCCAACAUAAAGAACUUUCCGCUGGACAACCAGAAAGUGCGGCGGGCUGCAAGCGGGUUCCUGUGCGCCUUCGAGGUCCCUGUGCCGGGAACGCCCACGUCGGUCGUCUCCCCCAUGCACACCGAAGAUACGCCCAUGCCGAACGGAACGGCUGUCCCGGCCUCCAAUGGCGGUUUGACGAAGCCCAGCGUGUUGCCCAAUGGCAUGCCGAGCACCGUGGUGCCCUGCAGCACGGAGAGGAUCCUGGCCAACGGCAUCCCUAACGGCCACGUGGUGCCAGUUCAGGACAACCCCUUCACCGGGUACAUCAUCGCCAUUCACAGGAAGAUGAUGCGCACGGAGCUCUACUUCCUGUCGUCUCAGAAGAACCGGCCCAGUCUGUUCGGCAUGCCGCUCAUUGUGCCCUGCACGGUCCGCACCAGGGCCCGGGACCUGUACGACGCCGUGUGGAUCCAGGUGUCCCGGCUGGCCAGCCCUCUGCCCCCUCAGGAGGCCAGCAACCACGCGCAGGACUGUGACGACAGCAUGGGCUACCAGUACCCCUUCACUCUCCGCGUGGUGCAGAAGGAUGGGAACUCCUGCGCUUGGUGCCCGUGGUACAGGUUCUGUCGCGGAUGCACGGUCCGCUGCACCGAGGACCAGGCGUCGGUGUGGAACGCCUACAUCGCCGUGGACUGGGACCCCACCGCCCUGCACCUCCGCUACCAGACCUCCCAGGAGAGGACGGUGGAGGAGCACGCCAGUGUGGAGCAGAGCCGCCGGGCACAGGCCGAGCCCAUCAGCCUGGACAGCUGCCUGCACGCCUUCACCAGCGAGGAGGAGCUGGGCGAGGACGAGAAGUACUACUGCUCCAAGUGCAGGACCCACCGCCUGGCCACCAAGAAGCUGGACCUGUGGAGGCUGCCACCCGUCCUGAUAGUCCAUUUGAAGCGUUUCCAGUUUGUUAAUGGCCGCUGGAUCAAGUCCCAGAAGAUAGUGAAGUUCCCCAGGGAGAAGUUCGACCCCAGCGCCUUUCUGGCACAAAGAGAGGAGGGGCGCAGUCUACAGGGGGAGGAGGAGGGCUCGGGGGAGGAGCCACAGGAGGCAGGUCCAAUCCCGAAUGACGAGGAGGCCGAGAGCACGCCUUCCAUCGCCGUCCCAGCUGGACUUCCUAACAGCACCAAAGCUUCCCCCGUGGCGGGCCGGAAGUCCAGUCCCCCGGCGGGGGGAGACUGCGCCUCCUCGCCCAGCCCUAAGAGCGGGGGCAGGAGGCCGGGGCGGCUGCGCCUCCCCCAGCUGGGCAGCAGGCACCGUCUCACGGGCAGCAAGGAGCACCUGGACGGCGGCCGGGAGAGCUCCGCGGAGCGGGAGCAGGGCGCGGGGGACGGGGGGGAGGGCCCCGGGGCCGACUGCGACGCCAUCGACGGCCCCCGACACGAGAACGGGCAGGGCGACGGCCCCGCGGACGACAGCGCAGACCUGGAGACCUCCCUCCACCAAAGAGACGACAUCUGCCUGGACCCCAUGUACAACCUAUAUGCAAUUUCGUGUCACUCUGGAAUUCUGGGAGGAGGCCACUAUGUGACCUAUGCCAAAAACCCCAAUGAGAAGUGGUACUGCUACAAUGACAGCAGCUGUAAGGAAUUGCGCUCUGAUGAGAUAGACGCGGACUCGGCCUACAUUCUGUUCUACGAGCAGCAGGGCGUGGACUACUCCCAGUUCCUGCCCAGGACGGACGGGAAGAAGAUGGCCGACACCACCAGCAUGGACGAGGACUUUGAGUCGGACUACAAGAAGUACUGCGUCCUCCAGUGACCACGCGCCCCGUCCCGCCAUUUUGUCCGCGAACGCCGCAGCCCUGCAGCUGCCCAGGAACGCAGCGAACCCAGUGGGGGGGGGGGGGGGAGGAAGGGGGUCUUCACUUCUGUACGCCAAGCACAACGCACCCUUGUUUUUGGUAGUUCUCAUAUACGGGACCUCUUCCCACAAGGGUAGCUUUCUUCCCAAUGUCGGUACUUUUAUCCAGCCAUUUCACAAAUUCUGACCUGUAAUUUCAAAAUGAAACGCGCGAGAGAGGGUUUAUUUGUUGCUAGUUGCCAAGUGAAGUGUUACCCUCCCUACCCCCCCCCCAAUAACGCUUAUUAUAUUGAUGUCAGAUGUUUCCGCAGCACUGGUUUUAAUAUGCAAUAUGAUGUGCGCGUGCGUGUACACCAUGGAGGUGUAUCUCCGUACGGGUAAUCCGGUGGUGCACGUCAUCAUUUGCAUGUUUGACAGGUUGAUAAUGACGCCCGUGUGGGCUCAGUGAGGAUGAAUCUUACAGGUUCAGUGUAGUGCGGUACAGUAGUUGUUAUUACCGUUUUAAUGUAGAAACAUGUAAACAUGUAGAGCACUGUCGUCGAAAGUGUAAGAGCUAUUAAGAUGCUGGCGGCAGAAAACCUCAUACGCUACCUCAGUAUUUUGUUGUCGUUUUUCUGUGUGUAUUUUUUUUUAUUAUUCUUUUUUUUUUGCAGUGCACUAGCUUGUCAUAACCUUGACAGGGAUAGGAUUUGGACAAUGUCCAAACCCUUAUAGUACGCGAGAGAGAGGCAGAUGACACAUCCUUCCUGAAUCUUGUACUUGUUCUUGUAAAAAUACAAAUAAGAGCAUUUCAAAUUCAUGGGAUAACAUAGGGCAACGUUAGAACCACAGAGGAUUGUGGGAGCUGUAGUUUCCACUUUGUAACUGCCAAAAGCAGAGGUUUGUGCGUGAAGCUGCCCCAUGUAAGUAGCAUUUUUGCCAUUGAGUGGAUUUGGUGCACUUUGCUUUUUUUCUUUUUCUUUUUUUACUUGUGAACCCGAGUUGAAAUGUUUUAAUUUAUAUAUGGGUUGGGUGCCAUACAGUAUGCAUUAAGUCUCGGCCACAUAAAGUACAACUUUUUUUAUUCAUUUUGCUUAAAUACAAAUUUUAUAGUGAUUUACUUUUAUAUGAGCCACGGCUUUGAUUAAUUUUUUUUGUUUUUGCCAUUAUACACUUUCUGCAGCUCAGCGUGUCAAUGCCAUCAUCGCCGUGCUUUCUUACAAAGUGCACAGAAUCUUCCUUUCGAACAAAAUCACAAGGCUUCAUUCACAUCCUGUCAACCUAAUUCCAUUCGAUCUGUUCAUAGCAGUUUGCUUGUUGCAUUUAGACCCUCUUUCUGAUAUAUUUCUUCUUGCUUUUUUCCGAAUUUGAAAUGCUAGUUUUUGUCGCUUUCCUGUCUACACACCGAGCGAGUCCGUUGUGUGCUUGAGAGAGAACCCUCGGCGUGGCAUUUUAUGAUUUGUGUCAUAAGAGACUGUAAGUAGCUGUGUAGACAAAAAUUUCAACUUGUACUGGUAAAGUACUUUUGGACAGUUCUUUCAAUUUUGUGCAGAUGUUACUUGUUGGGUAUAUUAUCUGGCUUCUUGUAGCACUGAAUUGAGAGUUUUUCAUGAGUAGAAGCAUUUGAGUCGCCACUGUGAUUGGGCACGUUUCCUUGCACGUUGUGAUCCGUUGACGGCCAAGCCGAUGCCUGCCAGUGGGGUAGAGAGGGCUGUCCUCCACGACCAGGAAUCCUUGCGACCAAGCUGAAACCCGAAACCGGGUUUUUGAGGGAUUUGGCCUGUUUUGUCAGGCGUUAUAAAAACCAGUCCCAAGCCCACAACUGCAGUCAGCUUUGUGACGUACCGUUUAUAUAGCGGUCAGUCGUUCUGCAUGCUGUGUCAUCUCGCCCGUCAUCACAACCGUGAUGGGAAACUCUCACGUAGAUGUUCGCAAACACUGUCAGUGGAAUAGAUUUAACUGUAUCGUUGUAACUUAUUUAUACAUGUAAACUCUCCUUUUAAUUCAGUUUAUGUAACUGUGAAAAAUGAGCUGUUGAAUAAUAAAACCACUCUAUCAGAAAUAAUAAUUAUAUAGAUGAUGAAUUAUGUAAUUCACAUGGGUAAGAUGAUGAGACUGAACCAGGACAGAUAUAAUGCACUUCAUUUCAUUUCUGUGUUGGCUUUGAAUGUUGCCACUAGGCUGGGCUAGGAGGGGGUCUCUACAUUGAUGGUAUUUGUUCAGAUUGCAGAUGCCUUCGUCCAGAUCAACUUGCUGUCUGUAACUUGUGUUUCUUUCAUAUAGUUUGCCUAUGUAUAGAGCUGGGGCAAUUCACGUUCUGUUUGUACUAGACUUAUUGGUAUAACAGCACUGUCCCUUGUAGUCAAACCGGCAGAGUUUGGCCAUGCGUUGUCUCCUUGAACCACUAGCCCACUGUAGUCUAAUAUCUGUACAGUACAUGUGCAAAAGCAGCGUAGAUAUGGCUUGUUCUCUUAAAGCGCUCAUUUUAAAGUUUUUUUAUUUUUAAUUUUUUUGGUUUGUUUGUUUUUUUUCUUUUUUCUUUUGUCUGCUAAUACAGGGGUCAUGUAUCGGGCACAGAGCUAGAUCCUCAGUGCAAGCAGUGCAGUGUACUACUGAAUUGUCUUUUGUCAUUAGUUGUAAUCUUUUUGUUAAAAGAAUUCCUAAGGACUGACAGAUGUGUAUUAAUUUAAUGAAAUUUAUUUUGUAAAGUAUUGUGUAAAGAAUACAAAAAUACAUUGCACUGACAUUGAUUCUGGAAAGAAAAAACCCAUGUACAUAAGUGUGUUUUGGAGAAAAACAAAAGAACAAGAUGUGUAGGAAUUUGAGAUGUAUAAAAUGUACCUGAAUGUAGUUGUGUAUGGAGUGAAUCUUGUUUAUCUGUAACUAUUGUUCGAACAACCAAUUAAAUACUGUGGAUGAACACUCUGA